CUGUACACAUCUCAAAUAGUAAAAGAUCUGAAACAGAGGCUCCCUCUGGGCCCUAAGAGGCAUUGCUCUGCUGCAACGGUCAUAUUCUCCGAACUCGAAAAAUAAAAUAAUAAAAAAAAACAACAACAACCUUUUAAACUCUCAUGACCGUUGUGCCCCAACCCUAGAGAGAGGUAGCUCCUUCCCCAUGGCGAAACCCUAAUCUCCUCCUCACGUUGGCACCUUCCCUCUCUCUCUUUGUAGCUCGAAUCAAAACCCUAAGUGUGAGAGAGACACCUCCAAACACCCCGCAUCAUGGGUUGCUUCCUCGCUUGUUUAGGAGGCCCGAAGGAUCGAAAGCGCCGGCGAUCGCCCAAGAAGUCGCCGCCCCGAGAUCGGAGACAUGAAAGCUACAAGCUUCUGCAGCAAAAUGCUUCGCCCCUGCGGGCGCAACCGUUGCUGGAGCAAAUCACACCUCAGCUUUCCCUGGAGAAACCUUCAACGGAGGUUGCGGCUAAUUCGAUUCCGGAUCAAGAAAUAAGGGAGAUUAAUGAGCAGGGGAGCUUCAGCAGCUGCAGAAAGAAAGUGACGUUUGAUCUGAACAUCAAAACAUACGAAGAGGCUGCGACUCAAGGCAAUGAGAAGUGUAUUUUGGAGGAAGAUGAGAAGAAUGAAGCGAGAGAGGAAGAGAAAAACCCUCAAGAAGAUGCAGGAAAGCCCACUUCACAAUCUGGGAAUUACCCUUUAAACCAUAGGUAUCAAAAUUGUUCAAAUAGCGAUGAUGAGGAUGGCGGCGAUGGUGAGGAAGACGGCGAUGGUGAGGAUGACGAUGAGGAUGAGUAUGGAGAAGAAGAUGAGGAUGAGGAUUACGAUGAUUGUGGCAUCGACAAGGAACGUAAUCCUAUUGGCCUUCAAGAAGAUGAGGAAUCAUAUGAGUCGUUCUUUUCGCUACCCAUCGAAAAAGAACUAGAGAAUAAUCAAGAAGUGAUCAGUCCCGGUCCUAACUGUGUCUCAUCCCCGGAUAAACAGCCAAUCCUUUUGGCUAAGGGUAAUCCGCGAGAUAGAAGCCACUACGUAAACUCCGUGCUGAAUCCUGUGGAAAAUCUAUCUCAGUGGAAGGAGGUUAAGGUCGGCGCCGUCCCAUUGAAGAAUACUAACAAGGAGAAUAUCAACUUAGAACAAGAAAAGAACAAGAUGGUCCUUAGUCCCGAGCCUACAUUUAAGACUAAGAAGCUCGAAGGGACAGCUGAUUCAAAUAAUAGUCCUUGCAAGCAGGAAGUCUCUGUGGAUGCUAGCCUUUCAACUUGGUUGGUUUCGUCAGAAAAUUCAAGCGUUCAAAGAAUUCAAGAAAGCAAUUCCGCUCGCUCGAACUGGUCACUUAGUCGAGAGGAACGGCCAAUUCUCGGUGCUUUGACUGUUGAGGAUAUUAAGCAAUCGUCGGUGACAUCAUCGCCGAGAAGGUCCCCGAGCCGGAGCCCCGAUGAAAUCCCCAUUGUGGGUACUGUGGGAAGUUAUUGGAGUUGUAGAAGUCAGGGAGAUACAUCGAGCUAUUCUUCUAGAUCUGGUUCAGUGACCAAAGGGAUCCCAAGAUACCAACGGCAAAUUUGAAGUGGGCAAGUUCGGUGAAGUCUCAAGUGUGUGCUGAGUUGAUUGCAUGUUACGGGAGCUCUUCUUCAUAUCGUCUUCUGUCGAGGUUUUAAAACAGCUGCAUUGGCAAGGUCUCUAUUCAAGCUGUCACUGUAGCUAUUGGUAUGCGAAUUUAGUUGUUCUUUUAGUGUACCAUAUUUUCUUUCAGUGUCUUAUGGGAUCACAAUGUUGUUGAUUUUCGAAUAAUUUCCUCCUCGUAAUCCGUUCCUGUCAGAGAAACAAGCAUAUGAAACAUCCUUUGGAGGGUUGCUUUGUGUAUUAAUUCAUUGAAUUUGUUUUAUCUACUUGGUUUGGCUUUGCAUUGGCUUGUA